GGAUUGUAUUAAUGAUACACACAGUACUACUACUACUAAUAUUACUAAUACUAUCACCAUCACCACCACUAUUAUCACCAAUAAUAAUGAUACAAAAAAUACUACUACUACUAAUAAUAAUAAAAUAACACUUUUAAUCAUACUAAUAAUUCUAAACUAUAUAUCAUCUUUAUAUUCCACGUGGUAUAUAUCAGUAUACUGCGUAUCGAAAAUAAAAAUGGUGUUUAUGUGUGUAUGUAUAUGUUUAUUGUGCGUACGUGCUUGUAUGUUGGUGUUAGUUAAAUUUUAAAAAUUUCGAUAAUUUCAUAAUGUUAUUUAUUCUAUCGUGUAGUUAGUUAUAUAUUAAGACAAUAAUCAUUAUCAUUAUUAUUAAUAAUAAAUAUUAUUAUUAUUAUUAUUAACAUUUUUGUCAAAUAUCAGAUUUCAAGUGUAGCAUAUAAGUUGUCAAAUAAAAAAAAAAUUAAAAUAAAAAAAGAGAAAAUAAAACAAACAAUCAUUAUCAUUUCUUUUUUACAUUCAAUUCUAAUAUAAUUUUAUUUAAGAUUAUUUGAAUUAUUUUAAAUCUAUUAUCAAAGAAUAUAUAAAAAGAAAAUGUAUGAUAUUGGCCUAUAUUAAAAUAUUCUAAAAAUCAGAUUAUCACCAACACAAGUAUCACAAACAUUAACAAUGACAACAGAACAACAACAAGAAGAUAAAACAGUUAAAAAUUCCGAUGAACCUCAACUAGAUACUAAUAAAGAAGAUGAUACACUUUUUGAAUAUUCAAAAGUUAGUGAAGUUGAAACUGUUUCAAAAGACAAAUUACCAAAUUUAUUAUCACAAAUUUCAGUUAAUACUCAACCAUUGAAUGAUUAUGAUAAAUCACAAGAGGCAACAAAUUCAACAGACAACACACCAACAAGUGAUACAAAAUGCAAAACAAAUGUUCCUCCACUAAAAAAGAUCAUACGAUCAUCCAUUACAGAAACUGAAGAAGUUAAAGAGAAGUCUGUCAAAUCUUACUUUGAUACUGUUUCAUCAGCUGGUUAUCCUACAUCACCACCGGACUUUUCUGAUUAUGUUAAGACACGUGUAACAAAUAAAUACCCAAGUUAUUCAUCUUCUUGCAGUUCAUAUCAAUAUCAUCAUCAUGUAGAAAAUUUACCUAAAAAAUCGGAUGAAAAUAUCAAUGGUCACAGUAAUUUGACAUCACAUAAAGUUUUAUCUACGGUUACUAAAUUAGCACCAGAGAGUAAUGUGCCUCAAACAAAUAAUUAUGAAAGUAUAUCAAGACCACAAAUCAGUGUUCCUAUUAAAAUACGACGUAUACCACAAGAUGUUAGGGUAAUUCACACAUCAAAUACACCUACCUUAAAUAGAUUAGACGAAUUUAAACGGAACUGUGAACGAGCAACAAGACAAUGGGAACAAGUGAUCAAUAAUAAAAAUAAUAAUAAAUUGACAGAAGAAAUAAUGGUUCGCAGAAUAGCUGAAUUGGAAUCCUGUGUAAAAGAGGCUGAAAAUUUAUUAAAAUUAUUUGUAGCAGAAGUCCGUGAUGUACGUGCAACAGCUGAUUAUUGGUCAAAGAAAACAACAAAUUUAGAAAAAUCUUAUCAUAAUUUACAUGGAAAAGUUAAAGAUUAUCGUUUUAAUGCAAAACAAAGUGAAAAUGAAUAUUUGAAAGCUAUGGAAGAACGUGAUUACUUUUUACAAAGUCUACGAGAAUCAGAAACAAGAGAACAAAACUUAUCAAAUUUACUUCAACGUGUUGAAGAUGAAUAUAAUACAUUAUCAAGAGAUAUAAGAAUUUUAGAACGAGCUCAUGCAAAAAAAGAUCGUCAAUUACAAAAUUUAUUAUUAGAAAAAAAUGAACUUUCUAGAAAAAUUAUACAUUUAGAAUCAACUUUGCAUAAAUUAAAAAAUCGAGCAGAAUACACAUAUCGGCAAAAACACUCAUCUCAUAAAGAUGAACCCAUAAGUCGACUUCAUACCCAACUUGGUGAUGAAUCUGAAUAUGUACUAAGUGACUUCGGUUCAUUAGAUAGAAACCAAAAGAUAUACACAAUGACUGCAUCAAUAGAUGAAAGACAGAACAAAAACACUCUAAUUGGUAUUAAUCAAAAUUUAGAUGAUUCUGAUACGUAUAUACCACAAAAAUCGGAUUCAUUCAAAGUCUGUGGAUCAGUAGAAUUAUUAGAUGGUAAAAAACAAAGCUAUUUGUCCAACAAAAACAUGUCAGACUCUUUAAUAACUACAAAAAUAAGUGAAAAUAAUAUCAAUACACAGGAUCAUAAAGAUUCACUUGAUGAUCAAAAUAUUGAUUUGUCACCAACAACAAUUGGCAAUGAUGAACAGAUUCAUCAUCAAUCAGAACAUUUAAUACAGCAUCGAUCAGUUGAAAAAAGUAUGGAUGAUUUAUCGGAUACUUUAGUAGAUUUAAAUAAUUUAACUAGGCAAGAUGAUAUGGAUAUUGAGAUACAACCAAGAGAUUCAACAAAUAAUUACCAUAGAAAAUGGAGUAUUGCAUCCGAUUAUCAAUAUUCGCCUAAUCAACAUAUUAAGUCAUUAAAAAAAGAUGCUUUAUCAACUGAAGAUGAAUCAUUAAAACAUAGAUCUCAAGUACAAGUUGUUGUUGGGCGAUCACCAUCAACUGAAAAAAAACGAAGAACAGUUCAUACCAGUCAUUCACAUAAAAAGUAUUCAUAUAAGAAAAUUUUUGAUCAGCCUGUAUUGCCAUCUGUAUUCAGUACUAACAGCCUUCGAUUUAAUAGACAUCGUCCAGCAUCAGUCUCUGGUUAUCUGGAUGAAUGCGCACUAAACAGGUCGUACGAUUUAUACCCUGUACCAUCGUCAGCUAGGCCAAGUACCAGUUUUGGACAUUUACAUAAUUCUAAACGUUUAAAAUCACUGGAAAGAGAUUAUUAUACAUCUUGUCAAAAUUUAAGUACAAAACCUUACUCCACUGUAAAACUGAAUCGUCAAGUAAAUCGACAACCUCUCAUUAUUCACUCACAUUCAGAUCGUCGUUUAAGAGAUAUGCAACAUGCGAAUUAUUUACGUCAUGGCAAUCGCAUGGAUAACGAAUAUGAACGAAUUUACUUUCCCCAGUCAUAUUCAUCACAUCAUUUAAAAAUUCCAGAAAAGUUUAAUCAAUUAAAUCAAAAAGUCACUGAAACAAAUUAUAGAAACGUCAUGAUAACUUUACAUGCUUUUGCAAAAAGAUUACUCGUGAGUGAAUCAGUCGUUUCCUAGUCAUUUCAGUAUUAAGAAUGGAAGAUUUCUAUGAUGUAAUUGCGGAAUCCGUUAAAGUAUAAUUAGAUUUAUUAACUGAAUCAUAAUGUUCUUCUUAGUUCAAAUUUCUUUUCUUUUUAUGGAAAAUAGUAAAAACUGCAGAAAAACCAAAUACCCUUCAUAAAUGUUUACGUAUAGAAUUAAAAAUGAAAUUCUUUCAGAAAAAAACGCUCAGUUUUACUCAAUCAUUGUAAAGUAACGUUAGUUAGGUCAUAUUUAUAAAGUGUAGUGAAGUAGCUGUAAUAAUACUUUAAAAAAUAAACGUUAGACGAUAUUAUAAGUAAACAUUUAAUUGAUAAACAGAUAUUCAGUUUUGAAAUUUAUUCUUUAGAUCAGUGGUAAUUUAUAUUCAAAUCAAUAAGUUAUGUAAUGGUGUAACUAGAUUUGAGUUUGAUUUUUGACGACUGUACAAUAUAAUUUUAUUGAACAUUGAAAAGUUGUUUGAUUCAACACUUGAUUGAAUAUUGUUUUGAUCUAUCCUUUCAGUUUAUAGGAUAUGAAUAUUUAAAAUGCAAUUUUAAACGUUGUAUCUAGUUAUUAGAGAUUUUGUUGUGUAUAAGUGUAUCAUCCAUGAAACUGAGCUAUUUGUUAAGUUUUUUUCAUGAGAUUUAUUCUUAAAAGAUUAGGUAUCAUAUAUCUUUGCAACUAAAAUGAAUGACUUCAAAACUUUGAUAAAAAUUUGUAAGAAUCCUCUUUUAACAAUCAGAAUGUUAAAUAAACGCAAGAUAUCAAACAAGAAAUGAUAUUUAUAAGAAUACCAAUCUGUUUAUUAGAUAAUUCACUUUUUAAAAAAUGAUUAAAAUUAUCGAAGAUAAUUCCUCUAUUUUCAGGUAGUCACCUCUUGACAAAUACAGUCCAAAACUCGCUUAUAUUUCCACAUUGUAACGUAAUGUUACCUAACAACAAGUGAAAUAGUAAAAGAAAGAAUAAGUCACAUCAAGCUUAUAUAACACCUUUUUGACGUUAUUCGAUGGGAUGGGCAGUUUUGUGAAGACACAUUGUUGCAAGCUAAAUAGUCCAGAAUAUGAGUAUUAAGGAUGUUAUGAAAGAUUUUUUGUCAAGCAAGCUUCAGUCAUGUAUAAAUUACCACUAUAGUUUACGAUAGUUUAUUGGGAUACCUUUUAAUACAAUAUAUACUAUUAAAAUUGUCAACUUUUCUUACAUUUCCCCUAAAAUAGUUUAUCAUGACCUGAUCUCUUCACUUAGUUCACUAUUUUCAAUUAACCAUAAAAAAGUAUAGAAAAAAAAUAUCAUUUUGAGCAUUUAUAUUAUUAAUUAUGUAAUAAGUAGUUAUUUUCAUGAAUUUCUCGCAAAAUGCAUACAGAAAAGUGAUUGUAUCUGUAUACAAUGAUCAUAUGUAUCAUAUACUUCUCCAAGUAUUUUUCCUUAAUUUAUUCACCUUACCUUAUUUCAAG